AUGGCUGCUACCGCUUCCUUCACCACCAGCUCCCUUGUCAACUACGGCCGCUCCGGCUACAACAAGGGCAACUCAGAUGAUGAUGAGCAGGACAAGAUGCGAAACUAUGGCCGCUCGGGCUACAAUAAGGAUGACAAGGACGACGAGGAGGAUAAGCAGCAUUAA